CAUAGAUGUGGCCUAGGUAUCGACGUGGGAGAGAGGGGUAGGUAUAAGUGGACUGUGUUUCUAUCUUCCAGCCGAAUAAAUGCAUGGUACAUGGCGUCGAAGAUCUACCGAAAUAAGUACAUGGCGUCGAAGAUCCACCGAAAUAAGUACACGGCGUUGAAGAUCCCCCCAAGUAAAUGCAUGUUGUGGAGGAGGCUGAUGUCGAAGGGGAAGACGAGGAAGAAGGGACAAAUAUUAUCCGCCGGGCCAAAUAAGUACGUGUUGGAUAGGCUGAAGGAAGAGGUAGACGAGGAAGAUAUGAUAAGUAAAUUACCGUGGGAAAUUCUGGUAUCAAUUAUGUGUUUGUUGAGCACAGAUGAAGCAGCAAGAAUGAGUGUUCUUUCUAGGCGAUGGCGUAAGAUUUGGAACACUUCCAUUCGGAUUAUGCCUAGGUUGAGUUUUUUUUUGGACAGAGGGUGGUUUCCGGAUAUUAGGCCACGUGAUUUGGAAAAGAAGAUGAGGAAGAGGAUAAUUGAGGUGCAUCAAGUAUUGAAAUUGCACAAGGCACAUACUCUGUAUGAGUUUUCAUUAAUUACUUUCGAAUUGACAUCACGGGACUCUCAUCAUAUCAACGCAUGGUUGAAUUUCGCUGCGGAAAAACAUGUCAAAGAGCUCAGGCUGAAGCUUACUUCUCUUAUGCUUUAUGACGCCAGUUUCAUAGCUGAUAAUUUUCAUUUCCUCAGGGUUUUGUAUUUGGAGGGAAUAUACAUCACUGAAGACAUUGUUCACCGUUUAUUCUCCAACUCUCCCUUUCUAGAACGUUUCUUUCUUUUGAAUUCCGAUAAACUUCACAGGUUGAGCAUUGUAUCUGCUCCCAAUCUUAAGUACUUGUAUAUAGAAAGAUGCAGGGGGCUGCAACAUCUACAAAUCUCCUCUUCCGUGGAAAAUCUUGGUACAAUAGAAAUAAAUGGUGGUGUUAAUUUUGAAAGCGUCAACGUAUCUGCCCCAAAUCUCUCCCACAUAAUUCUUGGCAUACAAUCUCAGGUCUUCAAAUUCGACGCUUAUGUCACCCUGCUUAAUCAAAUCAAAAGACUUAGUAUUGAUGUUUACGCGGAUAUGAUUUCAGCAGCAUUUCGUCAAAUUCCUGAGUUUAGCAAGCUUGCACAUUUGGAAUUGAUAAUGGAUAAUUGUUCCAAAAUUACACCAAUUCGCUGUUUGCUGGAUAUUCUAAGGGCAGCUCCUAUUUUGAAAACUUUCUCAUUCCAGGAUAACAAACUUUCUGGACAUCCCGCGAAAGAUAAUGCCUUAGAGUGGUUGCAUGUGCAUAUACCUAAGAAGGUGGAGUUGGAUCAGAACCAUGCAUGUGACUAUCUUAAGGUGGUGAAGUUUGAUAACUUUGCUGGGUGCAAAUAUGAAGUUGAAGUUUUGUUGCAUUUACUCGAGUAUGCUGUGUCAGUGGAGAAAAUAUUCAUUGGCCUUAUGGAUUCAAGUACUUGGAGAGACCCAGAAGAGUGGGGGCAUGACUAUGAAGAUAAAUUUGAUAAUCAAUAUGAAGAACUCUGUAUCGAGUGUGCCCAGCAAUUGAAGACCCAAAUACUCCAAAUGCAUCCCAAUGUGGAUGUAAUUAUAGCCUAAUUUAAUUAAGUUUUGAUUAUGGAAAUUCUCUUUUUUGUUAUUCUUUAUGAUUAGCAUUGAUCAAAAUGCACCCUGUUAGAUUGUGAAAAGACUAUCUUAUAUGAUUCUUAGAAGCAUAAGUUGAUACAGCAGAUAAUUUUAUCUGAGAUUUAAAAAUUCA